ACAAGCGAGGUCAAGAAAGCGUGUGUGCAAUUGGUAACAGAUGAAAAAGUGCCAUUCUCUCUUUUUGAUUCUGCACCUUUUAAAGCGCUGACAGACCAAAUUUUUAAUGGGUUGCAGAUGAGCCCCAUUACCUCACGGAAUGUUAUGCAUCAUGUCACGGAAAAAUAUGAGCGCGAAAAGUCCGUCUUAAGAGAUCGACUUCAAAGUAAAAUGCUAUCGCUCAAAAUUGACAUUGCUUCUCGACAUUCCAAAGGCAUUCUGGGAUUAAACGUCUAAUAUUAUAGAAAUCAUGCCAUUGAAAUAAAGACAUUGGGCAUAAUUGAGCUGCAGCGCCAACACACAGGGCUCAAUUUGAGCAUUGAAAUCGAAAAUAUUUUGGCAGAAUUUUCGAUUUCAAAGCAGCAGUUAUAUACGAUAACAUCGGACAAUGGUAGAAAUAUCAUAAAGGCAAUUGAUUGUUUGAACGAGGAACUGGAAAGUGUGGUCAGUGCUGACAUCGAAAAUGAGCAGCUGAUGGACAGCAUAAAUGUUUUUUCGAUUUCAUCAAUUCGAUGUGCUGUUCACUCGUUGCAAUUAGCCGUGAAAGAUUUUUUGAGCAAUGAUGCAAGGGAUGCUACUGUUGCAAGUGCGCGAAAACUUGUAAAAGCUUUGCGCACACCGACGUUCAGACUAGCAAUUUCAACUACAGCGCUACCUCUGCCUGUCAUUGAUGUGCCCACCAGAUGGAGUUCAUGUUUUGAAAUGCUAAGAAGUGUAUGCAUAUACGAGGAGUUCAUCCAGCAACACUUGCCUGAAAACUUGCAACUCUCAAAGAAGCAAUGGGUUGACAUCAAAGUUCUGUUGUCUGUGCUGGAGCCUAUUUCAGAAGCCACAAAAAAGUUGCAAAGCGAACAACUUUAUUUUGGAGAUUUCUACAAGCUUUUUCUGGAAACAAAACUAAUGAUAAAGUCUAUGGUUAGCAACAUCCAUAGUGAGGAUCUAGCUAAAAGCUUGGAAAAGCGUGAAGAAAUACUCACAACGAAUGAGGUAAUUCUUUCGUCAAUUUAUUUGGAUGCCAGAAUUCGUCGAAUUCUUCUAAAGAAUCCACUUCAGCUGGCGGCAGCCAAAAAUCAUUUGGUAGCAUUGAUGCGCCAAAUACUUGCCCUAAAUAAAAAGGAGAGCCACACAAUCGAUAAAGGGAUUUCGCCAGAGGUCUCACAGGCAACGUCGAGUCAACCGGACGAUGGCCUUGAACUGAAUUCGCAAAGCACUUGUUCAUUUUUAAACGCAUAUUUGAACUCUAUUGAGGUUGCGUCUGACUGUGAAGAGUCUGAGGAAGAGGACGAACCGGAACUAAAAUUGGCCAUAACCGAAAUUUAUGGAUAUUCCCCAAAACCCAUAGAUUUAAACGUGGACAUUAUGUGCUAUUGGGAGGAUAAAAAGUUCACGUAUCCACGAUUGUACCGUCUUGCGAAG